UAUUGUUUCUCACAUCACACACAUGUGGCUGCGGAGACCGGAUCCUUCAUAUGAGUUAUUAAGAGGUCAGGGACAGCUAGGUUGCUGGUUCAAAGCUUCAAGUGAGUCCGUGUAUGGGCCUGUGUUAGUGUCCCAAUAGGAUGUCCCGUCAUGAAGGUGUGAGCUGCGACGCGUGUUUGAAAGGUAACUUUCGGGGGCAGCGGUACAAGUGUUUAAUUUGCUACGACUACGACCUGUGUGCCUCGUGCUACGAGGGCGGCGCCACGACCACCAGGCACACGGCAGAGCACGCCGUGCAGUGUAUACUAACCAGGGUCGACUACGACCUGUAUUAUGGGGGAGAGUCCUUCUCGGUGGAGCAGCCCCAGGCUUUCACCUGUCCCUACUGUGGCAGGAUGGGCUACACGGAGACUUCUCUACAGGAGCACGUGACUGCAGAGCACACAGAGACCUCCUCAGAGGUGAUCUGUCCCAUAUGUGCUGUGCUGCCUGGCGGAGACCCUAAUCACGUGACGGGCGACUUCGCUGCUCAUCUCACACUUGAACACAGAGCACCCAGAGACUUGGAUGAGUCGAGCGGGGUGCGGCACGUGCGUAGGAUGAUCCACCCGGGUCGGGGUCUAGGGGGGCCGAGGGCCCGUCGAUCCAACAUGCACUUCACCUCGUCAACCUCCGGGGGGAGCUCUACCACACAGAGCUCCAACUACAACAGGGAGGCCAUGGAUCCUAUAGGAGAGCUGCUGUCCCAGUUGUCAGGGGUGCGUAGGUCGACGGGCAGCCAGCUGAGUUCAGGUCCUUCAGCCUCCCAGCUACAGCAGCUCCAGAUGCAGCUCCAGGCGGAUUGGCAGCAGACCCAGGCUACCAGACAGCAGUUGGAGACGGCCCGGGGCACCUCGCAACGCGGCAGCCGCACCUCCAACCACGCAGGGAAUCACAACGCCAACCCUGGCUCCAACUUCUUCAACAACCUUAGUCCCGACCCGGAGCAGCAGGAGCCCAAAACACAGAGCAGCAACUCCCAGUUCCUUCUCAACAGACUGAGUGAGCCGAGGUUGUCAGAGGCGGAAAACCAGCUAUGUGAGGGCCAGUGGGCGGACCGCUCUCUCUUCGUCACGGAGCUCCUCCUCUCCACCCUGCUGGCCAAUCCCGACCACAGCGAAGACGACGACGAUCUCCGUGACUACCACGAUGCCGUGACGCGAGGCUCGGAUGCCUUCGCCGCCUUCGAAGAUAUGGGCUGCGUGGGGGUCAUGACCCUAGACGUGGCUCUGCAGAACCUCAACCUCCGAGAACUGAAGAACGAGCAGCAUCCCCCGGCGUUGCCGUAGCCACCACUACAAAGUUGGGGGGGGGGGGAUUGUCAUCUCAUCUGUCACCCCCCCCACACCACUACCACAUUCUAUUACAAUGUGUACAUGACAGGACACAGAAUGUGAACGUCAGAGAGCGAGUGUUGUGAGCAAGAGGCAAUUGAACAAUUUAAAUACAUCUAUAUAAAUGUUUAUGAAUGAAAGCGGAUAAUCAACUCCACAUGAAGACGUGUUUGACUGCUUGGCCCCCAGCAGGUGAACGUAGGUCAGAUAGAUGGGUAGGUAUAGCAGCUUGAUCAUUUAUUAUCAUAGAGUCGUCCACAGACACACAAGAGGACAGACAGACAGUGGGAAGAUCUCAAUUGCAUACUCCUUGUCCCCUAUCCCUUAAAACCCAGUAAGGAGACGUCUUCCCAGAUUCUCUCCUCCUACGCCUCUGUGUUCCUGGAUAUUUAUCAAAACCUACUUUGAUGGUUUGCCACAACAAACGUUGGCACGUCCAGAUUGUUCACCACUGUGUUCCCUCUUCUCAACUACAGUCACUGUUCCAUAUUAAACUGCUAUCACAAAUCGGGGAGUCGGGUAUCAUCGCAGAGAUGUUUUAACUCCUGUAGGAUAGCAUAUGUGUGUUCGGUCUAUGGCUAAUCUUCCUAACCUGCUCUGUCAAUUAUAGGGGGUGUUUUUAAUUUUAAUUUUUAGGUCUACACAAAUGAUUCACUCCUCAGAGACCGUUGAUUGAAUGGUUUAGUUCCUACCACGUGUUUAAUAUCACUUACGGUGCCAUGGGACCUUCUGCUUUAUGCCAACUGACCCAUGGCUCAGUUUUUUUGAGUUGCAUAUCCAGAGAGAAGCUUCAUACAGUAUGCAUAACACUACAUAAAGGAGGUCAUUAGACAUGUUACACAGGAGGACCAUAGAAGAUCCACAAGACUGGUAUAAAAAGGGAGUGUUUUCUCCUAAAAGGCAGGUCUGAAAGUAGGGAGUGUUGUCUUCUAAAAGGCAGGUCUGAAAGUAGGGAGUGUUGUCUUCUAAAUGGCAGGUCUGAAAGUAGGGAGUGUUGUCUUCUAAAAGGCAGGUCUGAAAGUAGGGAGUGUUGUCUUCUAAAAGGCAGGUCUGAAAGUAGGGAGUGUUGUCUUCUAAAAGGCAGGUCUGAAAGUAGGGAGUGUUGUCUUCUAAAUGGCAGGUCUGAAAGUAGGGAGUGUUGUCUUCUAAAAGGCAGGUCUGAAAGUAGGGAGUGUUUUCUCCUAAAAGGCAGGUCUGAAAGUAGGGAGUGUUGUCUUCUAAAAGACAGGUCUGAAAGUAGGGAGUGUUGUCUUCUAAAAGGCAGGUCUGAAUGUAGGUGUUUGCUAUAGAAUCACUUUUACAUCACAAUGGUUGAUUUAUAUGGACAGACAUGGGGGAGGGGGCUGAUCCUAGAUCAGUACUUUAUGACACCGACACUCUCCUGCCAGUUUACAUAGUCCCCCCCCCCCCCCCCCCCCCCGACUGACAGUAUUCCUCAAUUGCAGAGAUGCUAAUCCGACAGAGUGCCUGGAGAGAGUCCUUCUCUCUCUAUCUAUCUGUCUCUCAGACGACCCUUUGUAUGCCUUCAAUGCUACCUUUAACAAAUGCAAUGUAUGAUUACAUGUUUUUGGUGUUUUGGAAAAUGCUAAAAAAAAAAAAAAGCAGGGUAAACUGUUCAACUUGGGGAGGACAAUAAAAUUAGUUUUGGAUGUAAAAUGAACUACA